CUAUAUCACUCCGGCUCACGAGAUUCUGCCGUACACCACCAUUUCACCAAAAGAAUCGUAUUGCAAUAGAUGAACCUCAUCCGCAGCGAUGUCCGAGUCUGAUUCGCAAUCCUCGUCGCCAUCUCCCUCAACCGCGACACCUGUGGUCUCCACGAACAAUAAUAAUAACUUUGGCGGGAACCACAUGUCACCGGUUCUCCUCUCGCUGCCAGCCACGAUAAUAUAUAACUCGGAAGAUGAGCUCUUUGAUGCCAUACAAACUCAUGCCAGGAGUACUGGCCAGUGCUUUGUUAAGCUGAGAAGCACCACUCAUAAUGACCGUAAAACUGUCACGUACGCAUGCGACAGGUGUAAAAAGCCCAAGCCAGCGCAACCCAAUCAAGACGAAUCCACACCCCAGAGGAAACGCAAGGACAUGAGCCAUCGAACAGACUGCCAAUUCUCGUUUUUGGGGGUCCAAUUGAAGGACAAUGCCGGCUGGGAGGUUCGAUAUCGGCCCUCCGAGUUCUAUGGAACACAUAACCACCCGCCGAGCGAUUCAACGUCGGCGCAUUCUGGACAUCGCCGGCUAAACCAAGAGGCGAUGCAAAAAGUCCGCGAGCUUCAAGUUAAUGGUGUUCAUCCACGCCAGGCUGUAACCAUUUUACGGCAAACUCUUAAUCCUGAUCUAUUGCCUCACGAUAUAUACAACAUCUACUCAUCGCUCAAACGCGCGCAAGUGACAGAAGAUGGCACGGUCAUCCCUCCCGCCAGGAAACGGCGAUCUGACGCCAAAGCCCUUGUAGCUGGCGGGGAACAACAAACUCCAAUACGGCCCGUUGGAAGAGGACAGCAGGGCAAUAGCGCGAUGGGACGAAAUGGCCCUGGCCGUGCGCAGCUCCUAACUAGCCCUCUCAGUGCUACAAAAUACCGAGAGAUAAUGAUCGCAUCGGGCUACUCAAGCAACCACUCUGUAAUUGAAGUGCGAAAUCUUGCCAGCAACGCCCUUGUUGGAACAGAUAUCUGGGGCGGAAAGGACCCAAAAGGUCGAUGCAACAGGUUUCAGCCAAUGCUACUCUCUGCGAAGAUAUCGUUGCGCAACAGAUUCGAUUAUGCAGCGCAAAACGACAGACUUGAUGACGGAACUGUCAACUAUAGCACGCUGAGUAAGACAAUAUUGAAAGUCUUGUCAAGUCGCGGGGCAAACAGAGACGAUCCAGGACCCCUCGCAGGUUGGCCUGGGUUGGAAAUUGAUUGGAAUGUAGCUGAUCUUAUAAACUGGAUUUUCGUAUAUCUCACCGGACGACGCGCCAACGGUAGCGUCCCAGAUGCAGCACUCGCACACUCAUAUAUCAGAGGAGGAUGCCCGUGUCUUGUGGAUGGGCCCCUGUAUGAGCAUCCCCUCUUGAGCAUGGACACCCUACAAGAAAUGGAAAUGACCUUGCGACUGCCAAAGGGUACUCUCCUGAGCGAAGGCGUUAGCCUCACCAUCACUGCGGGAUAUCUCCCUGGCAAUCGAGUUAACCAGUCUGCGCCAUACUCCGCAGUUUUGAAGCUCGAGAAUAUCAAGAUUCCCACUUUGAUCGGCUUAAAUCCAAACGAGCGACUAGCCAAGCAAAUGGUCAUUGCCACUGUUGAAAUCGACCCAUAUGUUGUUGUGGGCCAAGAUCACUAUAAUGAACUGGAACAGAUUGUGGUGAAGUCUAUUGAGGAAUCCGCUUUCGAGACUCUUGAAUCAUUGGCAGCACAUCUCGUCAACCGGAUUAUCAAGCACUUCAUCUUCCCAUACACAACACGAGAGCCUUUCAGCGAUGUCAGAGUCUCACUUGUUAAACCUAGCGCAACAACGUUUGCAGAGGCUCCAAUUGUGACCGUCAGCCGAAGUUCAAAUCCUGCGAUCGACACCACUUCCAAGACCCUUUGGGAGGAAUGGCUCUCGUGGAACACAGGCGUUGAGUCGAGGGUCCCUUUUCCGUAUCAAGGCAGGCUUGAUAGCUGGAUUUUAGAUAACUUCCCGGGCGAUAGCAGCGGUGCCCAGGCCGGAGAUCAUCCGGGAGACCAUCAGAUGCAGGGAUGAGCCGAAAUGAUUCUGCAGUAGAUGCUACUCGCGGAGAGCCAGAUCCAUAUCAUGUGCAGGCUGGGACAUAACAGUACCGGUCUCGCUGGUAACAGAUUACUACUAUUAAACGGAGGCGAGAUGCCAAAGAAGCAUAAACAACAGAUGACCGGUUUCCACUAGGGCAACGGUGGGUCAUAUACGGCAUUAUAUUAGAAGGCUGACGUUGGACAGUCGUGGAAGUCCAAAGGCUGGUCAGGGAAUGGUAUUAUUAUGCGAGAUCUUACAUACUUUUGCAUUUGGAGUGGGAUUCUGCUUCUAUAUUAUUUAGUUUUAGGCCACAGUAGCAGAAUGGUCA